CCAAUCCCAAAGAAGACGGGCUGUCGUGUGUGUGAGGAAGUUACUUGGUUUACUACUGCCAAGAUGAGCGCAUUUAACAGCUUUUUGCUGAAGAUUUCAGGUGAACUUGUUGGUGAUCAAUUGGAGAAAAUGAAGUUCCUUUGUAUUAAUGAAAUAGGGAAAAGUCGUCUCGAGAAGAUGACCAAUGGUUUACAACUUUUCACGGGUUUAAUGGAAAGAAAUAAACUUGGACCUGACAACACAGUAUUUCUAGUUUCGCUUUUGAAAGACAUUGGUCGCCUAGAUCUUGCAGACAAAAUGACCAACUGUGAAAGUCAAUAUGCUGUGUCACCUAAUGAUCUUCCUAACGACGAGGAGCAAGCAAAACUUGACAUUGCAACCAAAGUGAUCACUGACAACCUUGGAAGGAAGUGGCGAGCAUAUGGCCGUAAACUUUGCCUGCCAGAGGCCAAACUGGACCAUAUCUCACAGAAGCACCCUAAUGACCUGGAGGAGCAAGUGGUGGAGCUUUUGAAGGAAUGGCGAAAAAUGCAGAAAGCUGAGGCCAAAACAGACACUUUGAUACAGGCCCUUCGCUCCUGUGAUCAGAACUACACUGCUGAUCUGAUACAGACAGAACUUGAAAAACUUAAAGCCAAUGGUGGACAGUGAAAGUGUGACAAACAAUAUUCAUCUCUUCUCAGGCCUCUGUUAUUUUCUUAUUUACCCAAUGGAUUAUUUAUUCAUUGCUUUCACAGUGAUUUUGGUACUUUUAUAAGAUUCAGUAAAUCACCACAAUUUGUUGGCAAUAUUGGUAUACCAGUAUACUCAUGGACCAGUAUAAUUUUAUGCAGAGUAGCCCAGUGCACUCUCGGUACAUACAUUCCUACUACGUACUGUAAGGGAAUUUGGGGGAAACUUGAUUGAACUAUGGAUAUUAUGAAAUUAUAUAGAUAAUGUGCAUUCAAAUUUGAUAUUGAUGUAUCCACUGUUGAGAUUAGUAAAAUUUUGUUGAAAGAA